ACAUGUGCAUUUGAAGGAUUGAUUGGGUUGAGAUGCCGCUUGUGGAUAUUGGAUAUCGAAUGAGUAGUAGGCAGAUAUGGAGGCGCGAUGCCACAGCAGCCCCGUGCUGUGAUUCCGUUGGAAACUUUAUACAAAACUAGGAGCUCAACUAAAACCUUAAGAUUCGAUAACAGACUCGAAACUGGGCAUCUGAGUUAUCAAUUACACCAAUGGAAAGUCGUCGUUUCAUUGGGUCCUAAUGUUUCGACACUGUCUGGUGGAUGCUCCAUACAUGCUUCUGUUUUGACAUUAGCAAGCAGUAUGGAUAUUCAAGGUUACCCUUUGAAGAGAACUCAACCAAAAUUUCCCGACAAGUAUUGGCUGCUAAUUGUAUCCUGGUGACUGCAUCUUCAAUAUAUACCCCAUGGCUGAAAGGUUCUAGGGCAAUGAAUCAACAGAAGAUAACGGAAAUUGGUCCUUCAAAAGGACUGACGCAUUCCUGUCAGAAAGAAAGUCCAAGCUCGAUGGCUGGUGAUUGUUCUGAUCUUUCCAUGGGAUCUAUAGUCCAAGCUCAAAAGUGUUGCCUGAGAUCCGGUCUUGCAGGCCCCAUCUCUCCUGUUUCCCCUGCUCACAGCUUAAAGAGCUCGUUUUCGCGGUCUUCUGUAUUCUGUACUAGUCUAUACCAGUCAUCCUCAACAACAUCAGAAGCUCAUAGACUGCUUGGGAAUCUGCCAUUCCUUCCUCAUACUCCAACGUACAAUAGAUCCCUUCCUGGUGUUGAUUCCACAAAGUCGUCCUCUCUCUUUAGUGAUGAUAUAUGCAAUCAAGGUGAUGAGAGAGACUCGGAGGAGGCUCUUAUGAAGGACUUCCUCAGUUUGCCCGGGGACUCUGCUGAAGGGAGCUUCCAUGAUAUAAAUUGUACCGGUGACAAUUCCGACUUAGCAGAGCAGUUGGAACUGCAGUAUCUGUCUGAUGAGCUCGACAUGGUCAUGAUUGACAAUGGAGAAAACCCGAGGCUCGAUGACAUCUACGGAACGCAGCAAUCAUCUCCCAAGCAAGCACCAGAAUUGAAUGUCAACAACUCUAUCACGGCACAAGGUAUCGAUUCCCCUUCAAGUCAAUCUCCUAGUCCUAAUAUGCACAGACCAAGGAUGCGAUGGACACCAGAACUUCACGUGCGUUUUGUAGAGGCUGUCAACAAGCUCGAUGGUGCUGAAAAGGCUACACCAAAAGGCGUACUAAAGCUCAUGAAUGUCGAAGGUUUGACAAUUUACCAUGUAAAAAGCCACUUGCAGAAAUAUCGUCUUGCCAAGUACAUGCCCGAGAGAAAAGAAGAAAAGAAGACUUCUAGCUCUGAAGAGAAAAAGGCAGCCAGUAGCAACGAUUGUGAUGGAAGAAGAAAAGGGAGCACGCAACUCACCGAGGCUCUUCGCAUGCAAAUGGAAGUCCAGAAACAACUGCACGAACAACUUGAGGUACAGAAGGCGCUGCAGUUGCGGAUAGAAGAGCAUGCACAAUACUUGCAGAAGAUUCUGGAGGAACAACAGAAAGCUGGCAGUGCCUUGUGUCAAUCAACUCAAAACUUGCCAUCACCGAAAGAUAGUGUUCCUUCUGAUCAGGCAGGGUCAUCCAACUCCGACUCUGGUCCUCCUUCCGAGUCUUUGAAGCGAAAGAGCAGUGUCGACUCUGAUGAUCACGUAAGUGAGCAGAAGAAGAAGAGGCUCAGCCUCGAAGGUGACUCUGCAUCCACGCCUUCCAGUGAGGUCAUCUCAAAGAGCCCCCUCCAAUGACUAUACGAUGCCUAUGUUAGUUUAUUCUUUGCAUCUGUAUUGGAGUUGUAUGAUAUUGGCAUGAAUUUAUUUCGGAUAUUGACAAUUUGCUUUUGGAAAUGGAAAUUACUGGAUAAUGUUCGGUUCAUCUUGGGUUAUACAUGUGGCUUUUUUUUU